CUGUGUUGGCCAUCCACCCGUCACCAUUUCGAAGCUCCACCUGGUCGAGAAGUGGGGGGUCGGCCCCGUGCUUAGGCCCCGGCGACCCGCUCUACUCGCACCGCCGCCGCCACCAGCCGCCCUGCGAAGGGCAAGCAGUGGGGAUGGCGGGAAUAAAACCGAACUCGGUAGCCGUUGGUACGGCAGCCGUGAUGAUUUGGUGGUGAAGCAUUCUUCAUCUUCUCUUGCUCUUCCUUUGUCCAGGUCCCUGCCGAAGCUGCAUGGCGAAGAUGGAGGAGGUGGUGGAAACAGCGAAGGAGGAGGAGCACAGAUGCUGUCCCUGCCGCCUCUGUGCAAUUUCGAGCCCAUACCGCAUGAUCAUGAUUACUGCGAGCGGGUCGUGAUCAACGUGAGCGGGCUCCGGUUCGAGACGCAGCUCCGGACGCUGAACCAGUUCCCGGACACCCUGCUGGGGGACCCGGCUCGGCGUAUCCGGUACUUCGACCCACUGCGCAACGAAUAUUUUUUCGACCGGAACCGGCCUUCCUUCGACGCCAUCCUCUACUAUUAUCAGAGCGGGGGCCGCCUUCGGAGGCCUGUGAACGUGCCGCUGGAUGUGUUCGCCGAGGAGAUCAAGUUCUACGAGCUAGGCGAGAUGGCUUUCAACAAGUUCCGCGAAGACGAGGGGUUCAUCAAAGAGGAGGAGAGACCCUUGCCAAAGCACGAGCUGAAACGCAAGCUCUGGCUUCUAUUCGAGUACCCCGAGAGCUCACAGGGAGCUCGUGUGAUCGCCAUCGUGUCCGUGGUAGUGAUUCUAUUGUCAAUCUUCAUUUUCUGCCUGGAGACGCUACCUGAGUUCAAGCAUUACCGCCUCUUCAACACCACCAAUAACAUGACGCGAGUGAUAGAGGACGAGGUGCCCCGCACCACGGACCCAUUCUUUAUCAUUGAGACGUGCUGUAUCAUUUGGUUCACGUUUGAAUUGCUCGUCAGGUUCCUAGCAUGUCCCUCCAAAAUGUCGUUCUGCAGGGACGCCAUGAACAGCAUCGACCUGAUGGCCAUCAUCCCUUACUUCAUCACUCUGGCCACAGUGGUGUCCGGCCAGCGGCCACAAGAAAGGCCCAUCAAUGAGAGGGGCAAUAACCAGGCCAUGUCGCUGGCCAUUCUCAGGGUUAUCCGUCUGGUGCGAGUGUUCCGGAUCUUCAAACUGUCCCGGCACUCCAAAGGACUGCAGAUUUUGGGUCGGACUCUCAAGGCCAGUAUGCGGGAGCUCGGCCUGCUCAUUUUCUUCCUUUUCAUCGGCGUCAUUCUCUUUUCGAGCGCAGUGUAUUACGCCGAGGCGGACUCAGAGCGCUCCUUCUUCAAGAGCAUCCCUGACGCGUUCUGGUGGGCUGUAGUCACCAUGACGACUGUCGGAUAUGGGGACAUGCGACCCGUCGGGGUCUGGGGCAAGCUGGUGGGCUCGUUGUGCGCUAUCGCCGGCGUGCUCACCAUCGCCCUACCAGUGCCCGUCAUAGUCUCCAACUUCAACUACUUCUACCACCGUGAGACGGACCAGGAGGAGAUGCAGUCACAGAAUUUCAACCAUGUUACAAGCUGCCCGUACUUGCCAGGUACGGUGGGCGCCAAGCUCAAGCGCGACUCUGUCAGCGAGUCCGCCUCAGACAUCAUGGAACUGGAGGAAGGCAUGCUGCUUAGCGUCGAGAAUCACCACCACCACCAAAUGCUCGGCAACUACCACCAGCAGCUGCAGAAAAAGCCCAACUGCAACCCCCUCCACAACAACAAUGUGAAUGCCGUCUCCAUUGAAACCGAUGUUUGAAGUAGUGCUUGGUUGGCAGCUGCGCAAAUGUCCUCCUACAGAGCAGCCUUUAUAUACACGUAUCCUUUUUACGUUGUUUCGUUAAGUAAUGAUCUUCGUUUAACCAAG